UUUCGCUAUACCAUAAUAAUUGGCCCUCGAAGAGACCCAUAGAAUAGAAGACAAAGGGUUUACGAAAUGGAAAAUGAAUAUAAGCUAGCUCAAGAGACUGUAACCCGCCCAGACAGUUCGCAGCCGAGUUGAUAACAUCACCAUUUCCCCAUAUAGUGUCGCAUAUCGCUGCAGAUAUGGUUGAGACACGCAAAGCCCUCCGCAGAGCAGCAUUCGGCCAUGUCGAAUUCUGCGAAGAAGCUCUACCUCCGCGCGGGCCUACAGACGUCUUGAUCCGCGUUCGAGCUGUGUCACUCAACUGGAAAGACGUGGCUCUUGUUGACGGUCGAUUGCCUUGGCCAGGCAUAACUGGAGGGAUCGUGGGAACAGAGUUUGCCGGAGAGGUCGAGUGGAUUGGCGAGAAAAUACGGUCACUCAAUGUUGUUGGAGAUAGGGUCGUGUCGCUUAUCAACCUUGAGGAUAUCACAGGGCGAGAAACAACCUGGAGGGCCUUGGGGCACAAUGUGGAUGGGACUCUGGCUGAACACAUUGUCCUCCCGGAGGUCGCUAUUGUCAAUAUUCCCGACUACUUAGCAUGGACUGAGGCAAGCAUGAUAUCCUGUGCUGGUCUGACUGCGUGGUCCGCACUGAAGAUGACCUCCCGCUUGUAUGGGAAGACAGUGCUUAUCGAAGGGACCGGAGGAGUCAGCAUUCUCGCAUUGACUCUGGCUGCAAAGGCCGGGGCAAAAGUCAUAGUUACGUCGUCUUCGGAUGAAAAACUCCAGCGAGUCAAGGGACUAGGAGCGUGGCAUACGAUCAACUAUAAGAGAUAUCCCGACUGGGAAAGUGAGGUACUGAAACUCACCGAUGGCCGAGGUGUUGACCUUGUGGUUGAGCAAGGCGGGGCUGCCACUCUGCUGAAGAGCGUGGCUGCUGUUGGGAAAGGCGGCCAAGUGUCACAAGUCGGGCUGCUGACCACCGAAAGUCAAGGAGAUCUUGGCGAGUUGGUCAACAUGCUCAUAAUGAAGGCCUGUAGCAUUGUGGGGAUCCGUGUUGGGAUAAAAAGUGAUCUGGAGGAGUUCGUGGAAUUUCUCAAUGCUACUGAAUUGACCCUUACACCAUGCAUUGAUCGAAUUUUCCAGUUUGAUCAAGCUGCGGAGGCACUUGACUAUCUUCGAAGCGGGAAGGCAUUUGGAAAAGUGGUGGUGGAAUUUUGAUGCAUGUCGGAGGGCUAUUGUAACCGACGACCUUAUUCGAAGCACAGCCUGCGUUUCGACGGCAUUGCGUCUGUUAACCUCUGCUUCUUCCGCCUUUUUGACUUGUCCGGGUUUAUGUAUGUUAACUGUGCAUGAUUGCCUCCCUGGCGCUUAAAAAUUCAAGGUA